AUACACAUAUAUACCUCUUUUGUUUUGUGCCUCCAUUUCUAGGGUUGUUCGUCCUUCUUGGCCAGUUCCCUCUCAUCAUCGCAGAGUCAGAUCUAAGAAGAGGUAAGCAGCCAUGGUUAAGCACAACAAUGUCAUCCCUAACGGGCAUUUCAAGAAACAUUGGCAGAACUACGUGAAGACUUGGUUCAACCAACCAGCAAGGAAGACGAGGAGAAGGAUUGCUCGCCAGAAGAAGGCUGUGAAGAUCUUCCCCAGGCCUACAGCUGGAUCCCUUCGUCCAGUUGUUCAUGGACAGACUUUGAAGUACAAUAUGAAGGUUCGGGCUGGCAGGGGCUUUUCACUGGAAGAGCUCAAGGCCGCUGGAAUUCCAAAGAAGCUCGCACCCACCAUUGGAAUAUCUGUUGAUCACCGCCGUCGGAACCGUUCCUUGGAGGGCCUGCAGUCUAAUGUUCAGAGGCUCAAAACUUACAAGGCCAAACUUGUUGUCUUCCCAAGGCGUGCUCGCAAGUUCAAGGCUGGAGACUCUGCCCCAGAGGAGUUGGCCAAUGCUACCCAGGUCCAAGGCAAGUACUUGCCUAUUGCUCGUGAGAAGCCAGCAUUUGAGCUCGUUAAGAUUACAGAUGAUAUGAAGUCAUUCAAGGCCUACAACAAGCUCAGGCUAGAGCGUACAAAUGAACGCCAUCUCGGUGCUAGGUUGAAGAGGGCAGCAGAGGCUGAGAAGGAAGAGAAGAAGUAGACAGUUUUGCAUUUAUUCCAAAGAAUUUUGCUUUUUGGGUUGGACCCUAAUUUCUCAACUAUAUAGACUUUGUUGUUUUGUUUUGUUUCGUUUUGUUUUGUGAUGUUAGUUAAGUUGAAGAUCUUUAAGUAAUUUUAUGGUUGCAUUGCUGAUUGCACUGUUGGUAAAUUCAUCUUAUUUUGUGAUGUUAGCUAAGUUGAAGUUUUUUAAAUGAUUUUAUGGUUGCAGUGCUAUUGGUAAA